AUGGGUAGUGAUUCUGACAAGUUUGAUUGCACCAUACCGAGGAGCUCAAUUACGAUGUUGCAGUCUUGUGGCCUUAUACUAAAGAAACUAGUACCUAAUGCAUUCCUUGGCGCGUUAGGGACACUGUAUGAAAGUAAAGCCAAAUUUGAACAUCAUAUUUCCGUUGCAAUUCCACAGUCUGGUUUUCAUACAAAUACGAGCAACAGUCAGAAGAAAACUAAGUCAAAUGGUAUGGCACCGCCAAACAUGGCUGAUCGACAGUCGAUUUCCGAAUUACUGAAUUCUAUAUCUGAGAUAAAAGUUGUGUUUUCAGAAGCUUUUCAUUCAUUAGAUUUGUUUGAGAAUUAUAUCAGAACGCCAGGCCAGGAAACUGCUAAACCUUUGAAAUCGUUGUUUGACCGCGGGAAAAGUGCCAUUAACGAGCUUUUUACACCAGAAAAAACUGACAUCUUUUUAGAUCUUUUGCGUACAUUUUUAAUUAAUCAAUCUUCCCAGGGCGACAAUAGCGAAAGCAAAAAAUAUAAAGAAUUUGUUCACGCAAGCUCCAGCCCUGUAAAUAGAAAUUUGAAAAACAAUAAUGAUUUAGAUUCUCAACCAAACAGUAUUUCCAAGGAGGCAUCCCAAUUAGAUUUUGAAAAAGAAAAAUCGUGUCCUUCUUCACCGAAAUUUGAAACCAACAAAACGAAAUUUGAAAGCAAAAAAGUUGAUGAAAACGAGAAGGGUAAUAAACUAAGUAAUGCUACGCAAAGUAAUGAUACAAGACACCCAGGAAGUAUAUCCGAAAUACUUCAAGAUAAUUUGAUGCAAACUUCGCAGGAACCAAAGGUGAUGCAUAAAAAGAAACCGGACACAAUCCAGACUACGAAAGCGAAAGAUUUCGUAAAUUUGAACCAGGAGGCUUCAGGUAGUCAACUACGAGACAAAGACACCUUUCAUUUACUGAAACCACCAGCUUUGAUGAAGACAAUGAAAAAACUGGAAGACGAAAAUCUUUCUCUCCGAAAACAAUUGGAGUCAUUAGAAAUUAAAUUUCAUGAAUACGAAGAUAUUUUGGUUGAACUUGGACAAACCACUGUUGAGAAAACUGCGAAAAUAAACGAGGAAAGAAAAUCUGAACUCUUUCAGCGAAUAUUUCGUUCCCCAAUAUCCGAAGCUAAACGAUCUGUUAUGUCCAUUGGCUACCCAUAUGACCAUCAAAAUGGUUAUCAAAAAAGCUCUCGUGGUGUAAAUACGUUCCCAAAACCUCAAAUUAAAAGUGAAAGUGCAAACCCUCCACUACCUAAUGAUUCAGUUGUCCAUCUACCUGCUUCCAGUGAACAACCUGUCAAUGGGGCCGAAGCCUUAGUGCCAGGAAGUAAGCAUCAACACGAUGGAGAAAAGAAGAUGAACACAGGAAACAAAGAUGAAAGCGAAUUUCGUGGAGAGAAUCAAGAAAGGUCAGGGGUAUUAACCAUCAGGGAUAACAGCGAAAACCAAAUUUGGGCAACGCAAAACUCGUCAAGUAUUACAUAUAGAAAAAAGACAAGUAGCAGAGAAGGAAUCAGCCUUUACCGAAAAGUCAAGCACACUAGUGACUUGGUAUCGAGAUCCGGGCAAGGCUAUGAUGAUUUAUCAAUCUCGAUCGAACAAGAUGAUUCUGGAAGAGAAAGCAUAUCCCUGUGUAAUGUACCACCUACAUCAGUGGCAACAACCUUGUACAAUAACUACAAGUUUCUGUUACUAUCUCUUGGCCAAAGGCUGCUUUCCUCAGAGGUCGUGAAGCUAAGAGAUUGGGUAACUCAGAAUUUCUCAAUCGACAAUCCUCAGAAUGCUACUGAUGCUCUUGUUCAACUUGAUCAAAAAGGAGUCAUCAAUGCUUCAGAUUUGAGUCAACUCUGUGAUUUCUUUGAGUCCAUUGUCAGAUUUGAUCUUGUGUAUAUUAUAGAUGCAUUUCUCCUUGGUGAUUAUAGUUUACUUCGCCAAAUUCCAGCAUCUAAACACCGAGAUGUAAAUAGGGCAUACAACCCUCGACGCAGAGCCACUUCAAAUUACCCAGCUUUGUUUAAUGCGGUGAGUACCAGUCAAUUGUCAAACAAACCAGCUGCUGACGGUACUUUACAAACCAUUGGACUGAUUGGAGGCAGAAAUCCCGCAACUUCUAGCAAACCAGAAAAAAGCAAUGGAGUACAAAACUCUGCCCUUCAACAAAAACAACAAGCGGCUUCAACCAAUUCAAAACAUUUCUCUAGAUCUCCCAAUGAACACCAAUCCACGAUCCCUGAGCAGCAAACCCUAAAACCUCUUGCAACUGGUUUUACUCCCAUCAGAAUGGCUGAUGUAGUUGCUGCUGAUGGUUCUGUUACAAGUAAGUGCACUUUAUAUUUUUAAGGUAUAGGUAUCUAUGAAAAAAUUAGAACGUUCCAUUUGAGGCAGGGAGGGUGCAGAGAUUAUUGACUGCCAUUUAAUUAAGCUUGUCGUCUCUAAAGAUGGAAUCUGUUCUCCAAAUGUCGAAACCUGCAACUGUAAAAAACUUUCACCUCUAAUUGUGAAAAGCGCAAUGGAUGUAAUAAUUCAAUGGAUGCAGGUCUUAUUCUGAAUUUACAUUCGUCAAUUUAUAUUGGAUUCUGCCUUUUGCACAACGAAACUUCAACUCCAUUAAUACUCGAUUACGUAAUAUACAAAUCCGUCGCUCCUUUUGUUGAAAGAUGUCCAAAUUAUGCGUUUGCACGUGUCUUAACUAUUAACUUUCAUAGGAUAGCCUUUACUGAAUUAGCUGUAUACAGUAGGAACGACGCUUUGAUCUAAAACAAUUGUCUCAGCAAAAAUGUGAAGUGUAGUUUAUUCUGGCAGAGAGUUUAGACCCUUUCAGGACAACAAAGACACACUGUGGGCAAUAAAUUAGAAUGCAGGUCAAGGUCACAUUUCUGUGUGACUUCCAUUUAGAUAACGUAGUUCAGUAUCUGAAAUUACAUUGCAAGUUGGAUUGAAAAUGAGGCAUUGUUCUAAGAAUUUUCUAAUUUAACCAUAAAAUGUUUUAUAUCCGUUGUUGUUUUGUGGAGCAUUCCUCACUGCAGUAACAGCGCACGGAUAAAAUGAGAUGGAGACCUGGACGUUUCCAACGACUACAUAUAAGUGCACAUCGUGUUUUCUCCUACAGUCACACUAGCGAAAUAAGAGGAUGGUCCUCACCGGGCCUAUAGGAAUAAAGCUGUUUAGAGCCGAUAGAAUUCUCUUGUGGAAGGGUUAGAGGAAAAGUUUCCUAUAAUUUAUUUUUACUGUUUGAAAAAACAGACGAAACAAGAAUAAUGACAAGAAAUUCUUCCCCAAGAACUGAUCCAUCAGUGGCAAACAGCGCACAAAACACUCAGACAGUCGGUAGAAAUGGUUUAAAACAUUCCAAAUUCCAACGUCAAGACACAGAACGGAGCAACGUUUCUAAUUUUCAGUCCCCCAGAGGUUCUCGAAAUCGGGACCUAGAUGUAGCAAAAAAUUGGUUAUGCAGUCAUUACAAACGGCAUUGCUACGUCAAAUUCGAAUGCUGUGACACGUUUUGGCCGUGCCAUCGUUGUCAUAACAACCAAAGCACGUGUGGUCACAAGAGGCUCAAAUCACGUGACACAAAGAUGGUUAAGUGUGCAUAUUGUAACAAAGUGCAACAGGUAACGCAAAUUGCUGUCUUAUUUUAAGUUUGUAAUUUCUAUCGUAGUUUUAUAACACAACUCAUCAAGUUCAUAUUCGUAGGCUGAGUAAAGGCCUGCCCCAUGGUGGUCUCCGAUGGAUAAAAUUCAUUAUAUUUUUACACUUUUCAAGUUCAUAUUUAAUCUUGUUUUUUUAUAUAUUCUUGGUGUUUUGGAUUAUUUUCAUGUAAUCACGGAGUUAUAUGCUGAUUGAUGAUUUAAGAUCAUCAAACUUUUGCAACUUGGUCGAACCCGAAAACGCAAAAAAAAUGCACAGCAACAGACCGUAGAUUUUAAAAUUUCUUCUAGAAUGCCUCCGAAUUCUCUUGCAGAUUAACUGUAUUAUGUAAUAUAAAUGGAUACCCUGGAAGUUGCUAACAGAUUUAGCAACAAUAAAAUAUAACCAAACUAUGAAAUAGCAGAAUUGAAUAAUACUUAAAUGUGCUUCUGGGAUUUUUUGGUUCCCGUGUGUGUGGAAAACAAGAGUUGCAAAACGUGCUCAGCGUUCCUCCGGGGAAAAUUUCAAUUUUUCAAACCUUGCUCAAAAUAAUGUGAAUUAUAGCAUUUCCAUAUUGGGAAAUGCAUAAAUUAUGCCAUUCAAAAUUGGCAUCUGAUAAGUGUUUAGCCUUGAUCAGUUGGUUGAUCACAUUGCAUGUUAUCGCCAGCGUUAGCAAAUGUUGCAGCAGAAAACAACUGCUGCGAUUUUGGUAUGUUUAAUAACAAACGCCAACAAAGACGUUGGAAACUUGUACAUUUUACAGAAUUUUUUUUCAUUUUAUUGUUUUCUCCUCAGUAUUAUCCAAUGUGAUAGUCAUGUGGUAUUGGUAUACUAUCACAGUAGUUACCAGCACAACAUCAGCAUCCUGCCAACCUCGACCUGUCUAGUAUAAUUUAUUUGUUUAGUAUUAGUGUUGAGCAGAGUGUUCCGCAUUAAACUUUCCUCACAGGUGGUACCCGCAUACCCGCAGCUUUUUGGGAACCCUGGUCAGUCAUGAUUUGCGUUCAAUCAUAGUUGUUUCAAAAUAUUCAGUAAAUUCAAACCAACAUAUCAAAACUGUUGCUUUUACUAUUUAGUUCGGUCAAUUUUGCUGCGAUUGUGGUGCACAAUUUUCUGAGUAUUACUGUGGAUUGUGCAAACAUUUAACUGGCAAAGAUGAUCAUCCCUAUCAUUGUGAAAGAUGCGGAAUCUGCAG